GACAAGUCUCGUCGAGUAGGUCACGUGAUCUUUUUGAACGACGUCACGUUUCGUAUUUCUCCCAGCCUCUUUUUGUGCCCUCUUCGUCGUGCGUGCUAGCAUCGUUCCGUGCGGUACGUGCCAGCAUGAGGGCCAAGUGGCGUAAGAAGCGGAUGCGAAGGUUGAAGCGCAAACGCAGGAAGAUGCGUGAGAGGUCCAAGUAGGCCGGACCCACGAGUGGUGGAAGACACACCCAGCUGCUGGCAGAGGGAGUGUGUCCCAAGACGGCACCUUUUGACUUCCUGCCUGGACUGUGCCACCACCACCGCCUGGCUGCUGCAUCGGAUGGCGCCCUUGCUCUUACAUGACGGACCCAAGCUCUCGAUCUGAGCAAGGCACGCCUCCGGACAUUGGAUCAUCAACUGUGCGUCCAUUAAAACCUCAUCUCGGAAACAGUUCUUGCUCGUUUUCUUUGUUCCCAUGUGCUUGCUACUCGGCAGUAUUCAAUCCCUCAGUAUUCACUCAAGUGUUGAUAUUUACCUACAUUUAAUAUGGAAUUCUGUGAUGAAAAACAAGCAUGGCUAUGCAAUUUUCUUUUUUUGUUUGACAUAAAGUGAAAGGCGCAUUAGAAGUUGUAACAGCCUAGUUUAAGUGGAUUGCUGUCUGAACAAGUUAUAUGCAUUUACCCCCGUAUUCAGGAAUGUGCCUUAACUUGAAGCCCAUGCUUGUUUUUGUCAAGAAGUCUACAAAGUGUCUAGAAACCGGGAAAAGUCGGUGGAAUGAAGGAAUUUUUCAUUUUAGUGAGUAAAGUAGUGGAAAAUGGCUGGUUAUAAACUGCUGAAGUUGCAAAUUUUCUUCAGGUUGGUUCUCCUCAACAUUAGUGGGCUCUUUGCAGCCCUGCAAGUUGGCUUUCCUGGCCAGUAAUUGUUUUCAGUCAUUGUAAAAGAAUUGAUUUGUAAUAACACCUAUCACUGGCUUAAUGCGAACAUUGGAUUAGCCACACCAGGCACUUGCAAGAAGGUGCGACUUCAUGAUGCGUGUUGGCAUGGACUUGGGACAGCCUCGAGUCAAGGCGCAUUUCUGAAUACGGAGGUUACUGCCGUAGAGCUUGUACGGAGGGCUUGUCAUUCGUGAAGCAAGUUGUAUGUUGCAGUGAAGGAUAUAGAUAAUGGCAAGAGUGAACCUGCCACCUAAGGCAAAUGCCAAUGAUGAGCCAAAGGCUUCAAUCCACAGUGAUUUUUUUUUUUCUGGAUGUGUUCUCGAUGCGCUACCCUGCAGAAAGUUAGUUAAAAUGCAACAAAUUCAGUGGGUUGCACUGUCACAUGGAGCAGUAACAUGCAAAGACUAGGUUAAGGGGCUGGACAUAGCAUGGAAUUGAAGGUUGGUGCUGCCAUGAAUGCUGUGCUAGUGCACUUUGUUGUACAAUUAAAACCUGGUUGUAAUAACGUAUUGGCUACCAUAGGGCAGCUAUGUGGCAUAAACCAAAUCUGCUGCGAUGAAGUAAGCUUGUGCCGCACUGUUAAAAAAUUCUCUUCGAUGAAAAGCCUGUACACGGCAGAAAUUUGUUCAAGUGAGCCAAGCUUUGAAUAGGCAAUAGGGUGAACUUUUGCUGUGGGGGGAAAGCCACCUGUCCAGCACUUAAGCAGUUUUCAUAUUGGGGGGGGGGGGGGGGAAUUCAGCACAUUAAUUGCUUUCCACACUAAGAUGUGCAUUGCAAUGAACAUGUACUGCAGGUUGAUGAUUAGUGGCUGAAACUGUGACCCAACUUUCUUUUAUAACGUUAAAACAAACUCAAUUUUUUCCAAUUUAUUAUGGGUCCUACUGUCUAAUGAACUAUCGCUUAUAUUUUUGUGACCCACAACAAUGUGCCAUUUUUUCUAAAUUCGGGGCCAUUUUUCUCUCCUUAUUGUGCUUGUUGCAUGAAAAAGCACUUUUAAAGCUGAGCCUUCUUGCAAACCCUCCUGAACUUUCCGGACUGGGUACUGCUGCUGUCUUGCGAGUGGCUGUAGGUGGCGCAUUUUCGAUUGAGGUCGUCAGUUUUUUUUAUAAAUCUUGUCAAAAAUCGAAACUUCAGAAAACGAAAAUAUCAAGUUUACAACUCUCACUAUGCAAUGAAAAACAAUAUCGCAAUUCUGUAAAUUGCACCUAAUAGUACAUCUAAAGCAUACAAAAUUGAUGUAUUAAACAUGGCUCUAAAAACGUCGCAUGUUUCACCUGAAAGGCGAAGCAUCAAUUGCGAUAGCAAAUUUGUAGAGAGCUAUACGGAGUAAUGAGAGUAGCUUUAUCAGGUGUAUAACCUUGGACAUGCAGCAGCACCGGCAACACGCAGAACUGUUGUCGACGCCGUCGGCGUUUUGCCCGCGUUCGCACAAAAUGCGUACGGCAUUGGUGACUGUUGCCGGAGCCUCUGAUAUAAAUAGGCACUUGAUGCCGCAGCUAAACGUCGCCUCCCUUCCCUCCCCUCCCCGCCACGGCCUUUCGCGCGUCGGAAGAAGGCGCGUUUGUUCUACAUAUAUGGUGAUUGUAAAGGAGGAAAGAGACGCCUACUUCUGCAGCCCUUAAGGGAGCACGGCACAGAACACGCGUUAUUUCUUCGCGGUGCGUUCACUCCCCGUGAAAGCGCGCGUCCCUUGCGCCCUUUCACUUGCACAUAGAGCGUUCGGCGCGCGGCGACGAUUUCAUCUCCACUGACGUCAUACGGAACCUCACGGCGACGCCGACGGCAGAAAUCUGCUUUGGAGUGUCCAUAUAAUUGCUAUCGCAAUAAAAAAAAAGCCAGUAAUGUGUGAGUAUAACUUUUGCAAAAGCUUUGUAAACUAUGUAACAAAUUCAUGUAAGAUAUAAAUUAACAUAUCAAAUUUGUCUCCUUUGCAUGAUCUAAUGGAUGCAGUUUCCAGAACUACUAUAUCUUCUUGGUGCAGAGCUACAUGUUUGGAAACUUCAUGCUUCUAUUUCUUUUUUUCAAGCUUACCAAUUUUUCAAUUUUUUAAAAAUUCAAGCACUAAGUCAAAAUUCUGCUUACAAGAGUCACUAGAAUUUGCUUUUUCCUCUCAGGUGCAACAAAUAUAAUUAAGAUCAGUCCAGUGGCUAUCUCAGAAAAGUGUUUCUGCAUUUUACAUGUAUUUGAAUAGGCGGCAUCGGAGUUGGGCCAGAGCUAAAGCUUCCUCUUAAAGGAGUACUGACACAAAAAUUUUUGAUCUUGUUUUUUUCUGCUGUAAUAAGUAGCUAAUGACCCAGUAAUCGCGGCGCGAAACCUCAUUUGCUUCAGAGUGCGACAGGUAAUUAUUUGGAGUCUUCUUUGCGUCGACCAGUCCAAGUUUUGGUUUCAGAGAGCAACGAGAUGGGAGAAGAGGGAUUGUAAACACAGUGAGCACGUGAUUGCACAAAACUCUGAUGUGUUCAAGCCAGCGCGCUCGUAGGCGAGCGAGCUUCGUGUUGCUAGUUCGUCUGCUACGCCUGCACGACCUUUGCGAUGUCGUCGCCGUCCUCGUUUUCGUAAUCCAGCGGCGACUCUUUCCUCCAGGCGGGAGUCGCCACCGUAUUAGACGUGGCCAACCACUUUUGAUUCGAUCCACCUCGGGCGAGCUGGCGAUCGCUGGGAAACCGUAUAGGCCUAGCUCUCUGGCCGUCUGAUCCGGGGCCGAUGGCCCUUGUGAUCCGUCCACAGCUCGUAACAAAGCACCUAUAUUCGUCAACACAAUCAACGUCUGCACGUUUAUGACGCUCAUAACUGACAGUACAAUUCGUUUUGCCGAUGGCAUUGGUAGCGAUGAGAAAACACGUUAGUAAGGCGAGCCGCGUCGUAGAGACGAUUGCUGCGGUGGCUUUGCUAACCGCUUGCGAGCCAAAAUCACGCCAACGAUUAACCAUAUCGCACAACGUUUUAUAACAUGCACACUUUCGAGGUCACUUUACUCUAAGAGUUAUCUAGUGUCAGCAACAAUUGAGCCAACUUUUUUACCGCCAUCAGCGGCGACCUAGGCCAGCGUCUCGACCAGAGAAAAAAAAAAAAGCACCGGGACAAUCGGAGCAGCGAGAAACUUGCUCGCCGGCCCCACCCCGACGGCAGCGCAAACUCAUGACGUAGUGUUUUCUUGGUUAUUUACAAUCCUUCCUUGAUGUCAAUAUCGCGAGGUGCUGCGCUUUGCGGGUGGUUGCGCGCACGUACUUUUAAAAUUGAUUUUAAAUAUGUUCUAAGCUAUAUUCGCCGCUGAUAUUUUGUAGACGAUGUGUGUGUGUCCACCUAAAUCGAUCUCACUGAGUUAUCUCGACUUCAAAUUUUUGUGUCAGUACUCCUUUAAGAAAAAUCGUACACCAUGUGCUGCCUUGCAUGUGAAAUUUUGAUGGGGCUCAGGUAGACAAACAUUUUUUCUUGCCAGAAAUUUUUGGGAAGGCACUAAGUGCUAGUUGGCCACAAAACAAAUUGGAGGCGGUUGACUUCAUGGCUUUUGGAUUUGGCUUGAAAUAAACCUUUUGACUGAUAUUCAAAAAUAUCAGAAAAUAUUCCAUCCGUGAUUGACAAGCGGGUUUCCAACACGUAGAAAUAUGGUCACUUAUCUCUCGACUUUUUCGAAGAAGCAAUUUUGGGCUCUUUCAGUUAAAAUUUUCCCGUAAUGAGGGGUCUUUGUUUACUGUCGUACUAUUCGAAUUUUAUGACAAUUACGUGCACCAUAGAGCCUGACCGUAACACUAUUAGAAAUUUUGGAUGUCCUGCAAGGUUUCACUGAAUCUCAUUAGACACCAUCUGCUCAUGUGGCGUUGCAAGUGAUAAUUUGCCACGUAAUCUUAAGCGCAUUUGCCUGGAAAAGUUUCACAAUUUGAAACAGAAAACUGGUCUUGGUGGCUGGCACAUUUACACAGGGCGAGCAGUGACACGAGCGCGAGGGGCAGUAUGGGAACGCUCUUAUGAUAAGCGGCAUCAGAGGCAGCUGUGGAAGACUACGACGAUGAACGUGCGAGCAGUGGCACAAGCACGUCUCUGCGACCACAUGACUGGUGUAAUCAGGCAGCAAUCAGGCACACACUAGGCACAUCUUUAGUAAGCCAGAACUGUGGAGCAGCCGUGGCUUCGGAUCAGAACAUGAUCAGCUCAACUUCACAGUUUUGUGUUGCAACGGCAUUUCUCCGUUUUUUGGUCAUUCUCGCAGUUAUACCGAACACACCAGCGCCGACCACUCAUCACCACAUCGUUACUACGAAAUGCUCUGGUAAUCAUGGGCGAUUUCAACGCUCGGAACACGCUAUGGGGGUAUCAGAGGCAGGACUGGAAGGGUCUCCAGCUAGAAACACUAAUGGAACAGAGUCACCUCACACUGAUCACAGACCCGAACAAUCCGACGAGGGAAGGGAACAGUGUAACACGCGACGCCACUCCCGACCUCACCUUCAUCACACAAACCACGCGAGCCGAACAGCUCAACACACUCGAAAACUUAGGCAGCGAUCACUACAUACUGAACAUAACGCUACAAACCGGACGCCUACGCAGGCAGAUCGGCACAGCCAAAAUCACUGACUGGCGAAAAAUCAGGGAAGCCGAAGAACAAGACACAGUCACGAACCUGGAAGAAUGGUGCGACGACCUCCGUCGACAGAAACAACACCAUACAAAGGAAAUUGCCAGAACGGAAGAGACCCCAGAAGUGGAUCCCCACCUACUACACCUGUGGGACGCCAAACGAGGCCUCACCUGCUGUUGGAAAACGCAGAAUUACAACAGGAAACUGAAGACACGCAUAGCACAAAUAACAGCGGAAGCAGAAGAAUAUGCUAUGCAACUCGCCUCGGCGAACUGGUAUAGAUUCUGCGACUCCUUCGGUGGCACCCUGGGUACCGCCAAUACACAUGCUCAAAGCCAUCCUGGACCCCAGCAAAACCAAAGAAGAGGGGCACGAGGCCCUGGAGCGGCUACUACACACCUACCCAGGCAGCCAACAAGACCUCAUCGACGCCAUCAAGAACAAGUGCUAUGGAGAUCCAGCUCCCACGCAACCAUGUACAACAGGGGUUCUCAAGCAUGUUCGUUUCAGGGAACCCUACUAAGCUCCAUGAUGCGCCAAGGAACCCCCCCCCCUCCCCCGAGUUAACCGAAUUAAAAUAUCCUAAUUUACCAAAUGUUGAAUUAUCGAGGGUAUCAAGAAAACAAUAACCAAAUGCUUAACUACGUCAACACGCUUUUAUUUACUCAAUGAAUCAGCAAAUUCUGUUAUAUUUAUAUCUCACAAGACCAGUGCGGAAGCUGAAAUUCUUGUCAUCUCAUGACUGAUUAGCGCUAGCAGCAGCGAAGGCCUCGCGUGCGUACAUCCCGGUUAUUUUUUCGCCAGUAAGCUGCUCGCCAACAAAUUGUCCGUCCAUCGCGUUGUAGCCGGUGCUCUUAAUCUUCGACAGCGUUGCACUGAGUCAAAGCAAAACUACUGUUUGCCGCAACCGCUGCGGACGAAACCGCGGCCGCUACCGACGCGAUCAUGGACGGCGACCUUGCGGUUCAGAAGGCAGGCGGCCGACGCACGCACCAAGUCAAAACGAAACUACCGUUCGCUGCAAGAAGUGCGGACGAAACCGCGGUCGCUAUCGACGCUACCAUGGUUGGCGACUACGCAUUUGUGAAGGCACGCAGCUGACGCGCGCACCGAGUGAAAAUGAAGCCACUGUUUGCCUGAACCGCUGCGGACGAAACUGCGGUGGUUAUCGACGCGAUCAUGGAUGGCAACUACGCACUUAUGAAGGCACGCGGCAUGCCGCCAACGCGGUGUUACGCGCGGCAAUAAAAGCAAGAAUAAAGUGUUUUAAGGGCGCGAUUAGGCACGAAGCGCUCCGGUGUUGCUGUCAAUCACAUGCCGCGCACGCUUUCCACUGAGGACCAUGGCGAUGCGGACUGCGUCGCUUCGUUUCGGUUGGACGCUAGCGCAGUUGCUUGCUCUUCUGCGGCACGUAUUUGCGAUGCUUCGCGCAUAUUUUUUCUUCACUUUUUUUAAUUCCUCCAACGUAUACGUCAGUGCGCACGCAAUCGGCACCUACGCUAUCUACAAACGGGAGAAAUGCGCAUGUUGGUAAAUUACGGCCUCCGAGAUUUAAGUUCGAAAGCUUAGGCGUAAUGCCCGUUUUCAAAGGUUGGGUGGCUACAAGCGGCUUGUGAAUUUAUUGCGCAGUUCGCGCGUUGCCGUUACGCAGUGUGAUGUGCUUUUUGACACUCGGGCAUGAGUAACGGAGGUUCUGUGGAUCGAGCGCACCUCAUUUUCGCCGUUUUAACCACUUGGUUAGCGCGGGACCACGGAAAAUUUGUCAGUGGCUCGCGGAACCCCGAGCAGGGGCCUGCGGAACCCCAGGGUUCCGCAGAACCCACUUUGAGAACCCAUGAUGUACAACACCAUACAUGGGACAACCCAACCCACUUUUGGAUGAACCCAUCACAGAAAACGAGGUGAGAGCGGCCAUCGCAGCCACCACCCGUAACACAGCGGCGGGCACGGACCGUAUCACGAACGCCAUGAUCAGAAACCUUAGCGACAAGGCCAUCUCCGCGCUCACGGCCUUUAUCAACCAACACUGGGAACAAGGUACAGUGCCGGCGAUGUGGAAACACGCACGCAUAAUCAUGAUCCCCAAACCGGGGAAGAAAUUGGCAAUUGAAAAUCUGAGACCAAUCUCGCUCACAUCCUGCCUCGGCAAGGUGUACGAGAAAAUCAUACACAAGAGACUACAGGGACACUUAGAAGACAACAAGCACCUGCCAGACACCAUGUUUGGUUUCUGCGCAGGCUUGUCCACACAAGACGUUUUACUCCAAAUCAAGGAAGAAGUCCUCAGCAACGUUCCCCGCAGCGGCGAACAUGCCCUCCUAGCAAUCGACAUCAAAGGAGCUUUCGACAACGUCAGCCACCAAGGAAUCCUAGAAGGGCUCGCCAACACCAACUGCGGUGAGCGAACGUACAAGUACGUUCAGAACUUCCUAAGCCACCGCACGGCAGAGCUGAAGAUUGGGGAGAUCCAGAUUGCAGUAUACCACCCUCCCAACAAGGGCACACCACAAGGAGCAGUCAUCUCACCCACGCUCUUCAAUGUCGCCAUGAUCGGCCUCGCAAGAAAACUGCAGGACGUAGAAGGCCUCCGCCACGCCUUCUACGCAGACGACAUAACACUGGACCACAACAGGGUCCCUUAUUGAAAAAGAAGAACAGCUGCAAACUGCAGCUGACCUCAUCCAAGAAUGCGUCAGCCAACGGGGGACUACAAUGCUCGCCCGAGAAAUCUGAACUCAUACGAGUCUGGCGAGGCCGGGGUAACCACACAGUCCCCACAGACCCAACACGAAAAAUCGAGGUACACCUCAACGGGAGCCUCAUACCAGAAAUGUCAUUGCUCAGGGUGCUGGGCAUGUGGCUGCAGUCUAACCAGCGUGCUACACACACCCUUACGCUCCUCAAAACCAGUGUCAAGGCGAUAUCACGCAUGAUAUCCCGUGUAACAUCGAAGAAUAGAGGCAUGAAGGAAGGGGAGACACUCUGACUAGUCAAAAGCCUGGUGGUAAGCAGAAUCACAUGCAGCCUGCCCUACUACCAUCUCGCACAAUCCGAGACGAAACAGGCCGACACGCUCUUGAGGAUGGCUUUCAAGACCGCUCUCCGCCUGCCGAUGAGUACAUCGACUGAGAAAUUAUUGGUGCUGGGGUUACACAACACCCUCAGCGAACUCACAGAAGCCCUUCACGUCUCACAACAACAGAGACUUGCGCGGACUCACACGGGCCGGCAGGUCCUACAAACCUUGGGCUUCAAAGCCACAACAAUACGAACCCAAGAAACCUGCACGAUACCUCGUCACAUCCAGGACAGGUAUCACAUUGCCCCAAUACCACGCAACAUGGACCCUAACCUACACUCCGGAAGGAGGAAAGCGAGGGCCCAAUACAUAGAGAAAACAUUCAGGUUCGAUACCACGGCCCGUUUUAUGGACGCCGCUAUGUACGGAACGAAGAAAAAGGGUGCAGUGGCAGUGGUCUGCGACCGCCGAGGCCACGUCACCUCCAGUGCAUCGACCCGCCCCUGCACGAUCACGGAAGCGGAAGAGCUGGCCAUCGCGUUAGCCAUCCGCGAAGGCCAACACGCAAGCAAACCACUGACGAUCCUCACGGACUCCCAGCAGGCCUGCCGCAACUUCCUACAGGGAAGAAUCGCAAGACCUGCGGCACAAGUCCUAGCCCAAAUACCCAAGGAGGACACUGACGGCAACACCGUCAUAACCAUCAUUUGGAUACCGGGUCACGCUGCCAUCAUGGGUAAUCUGUAUGCCGACAGAGCAGCUCGAGAAUUUGCAUAUAACCGAGCACUCAUCACGCCGACUGCAGAUGACCCUGACCCAGUUGACCCCGAGUAUUCAGCAAUCCUGAACUACCACAGAGGGAGUCGCUUGCGAUAUCCCCCACCACAUCGAAUACUAAAGACGGAGGAUGCCGCUGCCUGGCUUAGGCUCCAGACAGGCACUUACACGAACCUACACUUAUUACAUCGCCUGCACCCCACAGCCUACAGGGACGAAUGCCCGUGGUGUGGGGCCACACCAACCCUGUACCACAUUACGUGGGAGUGCACGCUACACAACAUAGAACACCAUGACACGAACACCACGAGGGAGCAAUGGGAGGCAGUGCUGUCCAGCUCGGCCCUCGACGACCAGCUCAAGCUGAUCCAGAGAGCAGAGAAGAUGGCAAGAGCCAGCGGAGCCCUGGACUAGGGGCCCCGACCAUUAGCGAUGUCCCAUUGGGGCAAGACAAAACUAUCUUUGAAUUAAAGUUUAUAUAU